AUGCUAGUGGUCCCAGAGUUGAGUUACGGUGAUGCGACGAAGAGGAAUGGGGGUUGCAGUGUGGGUUUUGGUGUCAGUGGUAAGGGAAGGGGGAUUGUUUGGCGGGAGCUCGGUUACCUGGUCGGAUUGAAGAGGGAGCUGGACUCCUCGGUGGGAUCAGCCCAGGGCUCUCUCUCUCUCUCCCUCCCUCUCUCUGUGUGUGGGAGAUGCCUUGAGCUUCGGUUCUUUUGUCUGGGGCUCGUCGCUCGGCGAUGGGGAAGACUCGGAGCCCGGGGGUCGCGCCGGGGGAGCUUUGUGCCGCCGGCUGGCGUGUGGUUGCAGCGGUCCCGGGAUGUUUAUUGUUCUGAAGCCCAGCGCUCGGGACCUGGGGCUGGGGGCGGCUUGAUCGCUCGGAUUCGGCCCCGGCUGCGAGGGGACGGGGAGGAGGGGGCUGGGGAGGGAGGGAGGUGGGGGGACAUGUACCCGGCUCAGGGCCCCUUCUACUGGGCUCCCGUGGCCGUGAAGGGGUCCCGGACGGGCUGGGAGCUGUGCCGCUCGGAGGCCGGCGGCCGGACGCCCCUGGAAGGGGGAGCGGGGGAGGGUACCUCGGCCACGGCGGGCGGCGGGGGAGAGCGCACGGCCAGUCCCGGUCCCGGGAAGAGGAAGGGCUGCAGCCCCGAGGAGAUCCACUUGGCCGGGUGGGGGUCCGAGAUCCUUCAGCGGGAGAGGGAGGCUGCCAGGGAGGUGGAGAGGCAGCAGAGGGUCGAGCGGCAGGCGACCGACAUCGCCCUCAAGUACAUCCGCCCGGAUCAGUGCCUGAAGUACAUCAGGGUGUGCGUGGACCCGGCUAUUCUGCAGGAGACUGGUGGAUAUGUGCUGCUGGAUGUGUUGAACUCGCUGGAAUCAGAGUAUAGCAUUGAACCUCAGUCAGUACCUUCCACCAUUACAUGGAGAAGAGAAUUGCCUCAAGUCAUCUUAGAUGAGCUGUCUGAAGAGAAUAAAAAUGUGUACAAGUCUAAGGAAGAAAAUCAAAUUUUAGUGCUGCUUUCACCAAAUUACUUCCUUAACAUGGUGUGGUCACAUAAACAGAAAAUGAAAGGCAUUUUCAUGGAAAACAUCUGUGAAACAUUUGACAGUUUUAUAAUGAGAGUUCUGGGCAAGCGGUUUCAUAGAACAGCCACGCUGGCUGUCAUUGGAUUGGAUACCUACACAAGGGAGAAAGGGCUCUACAGUCCAGUGAAACGGCAGCAGAAUUCAGAAAACAACAGGGAUGAAGAUUCAGAGUCUUGGGUUAGCAAGGAGCUUGGGUUGACCUGCACAGAUUUGGAUGAGGUACAGGUGGCUUUACAGCUGCAAACACACACAACAGUUUGGUUCUUAGAGAACUGGCAACAAUUUGCCGAUCACGUUGCAACGCUUACAAAGGCUAUAGCUCGAUCCCCUUUCAAAAAGCAGACUGAGAAAAUGACCUUCUCCUUCUGCCCUGAUGGAACGUGGUCCACUGGUGUGAAAGUGGAUAAGGAUGGAAAGGGCCUCCUGAAAUUGUGGAAAAAACAGCUUCAGCAGCUCAACAGGAUCACCCAACCAGUGGCAAUGGCAAUAGCCCAAGCCUACCCUACACCACAGCUGCUCCUACGGGCUUAUAGACAAUGUACUACAGAAUGGGAGAAGCAGAACCUGUUAUCAGAGGUUAAAGUACAAGCUGGAGGAAAACGUGUGGAUCGGCGAGUUGGACCAGACAUAUCCCGCAGCAUUAGAACACUAAACUACUUAGUGAGAACCUGCUACAAGGACAGCUCUGCUCCAAUGAGGGACAGAUGACUUUUACAGCUUUCCACCACAGGAUUAUCACCCACAAAAGUGAACUAUAUUCUGGAGCUGAGGCAGCAUAAAUGCCUGAAGUGGAUAAAAUGAUACUGUUCAAAAAUCUGAAAGAAGUUUUACAGUCUAAAAUACUUCCAUGUCCUCCAUUGCUGCCAGAUUUGCAAGCAGAUGAACAGGAAACAGAAAGUAAAAUUUAAAUGAAACUAGGAAUUAAAAAAAAGAUUGAAUUAAAGUACAAUUUGAUUAAAUACAUUUAUCUGUGGAAUAAAAGAUAGUUAAUUACCUUGAAAGCAAGAAUAAAAGGUUUGCUGGAGAAGAGUUGUAAGCACAUUAGUAAGAAAUAUUGGAGGAAACUCCUUUAUUAAAUUUCUGUGAACAAAUACUUAAGUUAAACUUGAAAAACCAAUUUGAAAAAAGUGGGAUUAAAUAUGAUAAAAGCAAAUAAGCAAGGAAUUGUUCACAGAGACGAAGUUCAAAAGUUACCAUGACAAUCAGUGAUGUUAUUCCCUUUCAUUCCAACAAAGGAGACUACAACUCAAAAGCAAUUGAAACUCCAGUGGGAAUGACCUAUUUGAUUGGGAGCUGUCUAAAGUUUGUCCAGAACACAAAGAUGGGCUAACAGUUGCUAUAAGUUAUGGUUUUAAAAUUGAUCCACUUAUUCUGGAGUGCCAAAGGUUAUAAACUUGACCAAGAUAAGGUUUACACACAGACAAUGCUACAAGAGAAAAACAAAUUAUUUGAAGGUGCUAAGAGUUGUGAAAAAGAGUCUCACAGAAAUUAAGGAAGCUAAGAGCGAGAAUAACUUUAAAACUGUUUUAGUUUAGAUCUGCUCAGGAAUAAAGUUAAAUCUGUCCUAAAUCAAACCUUGUCACGGUCAGUCUUAGCCUGAAUUCUUUUUUUUGCCCUACCAACUAGACCUGAAUCAAGUGCAUAAUCAGGAGCAGUAAGGUUCGGGUCAAGUAGCCAGCGUCAAUUCCUGUAAUGAUUUUAUAAAAUCUGGGUCUCUAAGGUAGCAAUGAUAAUAGCUGAGAAAGUUAUUAAUAAAAUUUAAGUGAAGAACCUAGUUCGAUGUGAUUUAAAGCAGGAAAUGGAAAAAAAAUUAGACUAAUAGGAGAAACUCACUGAAGCACAAUAAAUCCCAUUGACAUUAAUUGAGGAGAUUCUACCCUGAAAGAAAAUGUUUGGAGCAGCUGUUAAAAGACAUAAUCAACAUAACAAUGAACAAUUAAAGAAAACAAAAAUGACGAGAAAAGCCUUUUCUCUUUAAAAACACCAGAUCCCUUAUGGGAGGGUAGUGUUCAAGUUUCCCAAAUUUCUUCAGUGUGGCAGACAACCUCUGGAAUUAUUUUUGGCCUCCAUACAAUAAUUAACUCUGACCCAAAGUUCAAAAUGUACAUGAAUUGUCAAAUGGUAAAAUUAUCACAUAUACUUACCUUACAGCUAGAGGAAGUGGUAUAUAAAAUAGUUUGCCAACAUCGUAAUAGGAAAUUUUGAGUGGUGUUAAUAAUAUACUGCCAUUUAUUGACAUGAUACCAUAUUUGAAAUACUGUGCGAUACUAUUAUAAAACGUAUCAGUUAUUUAUUUAGCACUUGACUAGUCAGUAUUUGUAUGCAUAACAAUCGUGUAUGUGUUAUGAGUUGAUGCAAUCUGAUUUAGAAUAGCCAUGGCAUAAUGUACUCGAGCUAGAGAUAUUUUGCAACAUGGACAAGAAGUAUUCCCUUUGAAAAAGGGGACUUAUAGAAAUUGUAGAAAUCUUAUGCUUAAAGUAUUUUGUUUGAUAUUAGCACCAGGAAAAGGUAUUGGAAGUUCAAUGGUGAUAGUUAACUAAUAAAAAUCAAGAAUAAAAUCCAUUCUCUUUCAGUCUCGGAACAAAAUGCAGCAUUUGAGACCAUGAAAUGUAACUUGCACUUUCAACUGGAGAUGGGCAGAAUAUUUUGGCACUAAAUUAGAACUACCAAUUCAGGAUUAAGGGCAUUGUUGUGUACCUUUAAUUGCUAUUCUAACUUUGAUUAAGAAAGACUUCAUACUAAGUAAACAUUCAGCUGUGAUAAAGUUUUACACAUUAGACUGCAAGUUGGAGUAUAAAUUUUAGGUCAAGCACAAGGAAAAAUUGAGUGUCACACAGCAGUAAGGCAAACAGAAGUGAUAAAAAACACAUUACAAACAUGCUUGAAAAGCACAAAUAAGGCAUCACACAGAAUGCUACAAAGUCCGAGAGCACAAAAUGGUUUUCUUUCUGUACUGACAAUAAAGUUUGUGGAGUAUUAUUGUAAUCCUGAAAAGUGAGACUAGAUUUGUGACAGCUUGACAAAAUGUAUUAUCUUUGUAUUAAUGGAUGUGGUCAAAUAAAUAGUAACCUGUGAUGUGCAAUGUGUUGAAUCAUUUGAAAUAUUAUAAGGUUUGAAUUGCCACAUAAUGCCAUGUUAGACACACUGCUACACAAGGAGAACUUCAGAGUUAUAAAUAUCAUAGCCUGACUGUUAAAAGAAAUAUUGCAGAAUUUCUAUUUUAAUUUUAAACAUUUAUCAGAUUAUUACUAUGAAACAUAAAGACAGUAUGCUUGCUAAACUGUAGGAGGCAGAGGGAGAUUAUAAAGCUAAAUAUAGAAGACAAAAUGUAACUCAACCAUAAUUUUUUCCAGAAAGAAAUUAAAAUGUGGCACAACUUCUGUAAGGAAUGGAGUUUCAUUUAUCUAUUUUUUUUUAAAAAGUCAGACUCCUCUCUUUGGACUUUCUUUUUGCCCAGGCAUCUUUCCCAUCCUUGUAGCAGUUAACAUUUAUCAAAGAUUAGAUUAUCACAUUUGCUCUAUUAAGUUGCUGUUCAUUUUGAAAACCUUAAAGUUGUAAAAGCACGAUUCCAACAAUAAAAAAAGAUACAAUGGUGACUACAUUACAACAAAAAUAUUCAAAAUUGCAUUUAAACUUUACAACACAGAUCUGGAACCAGAAUAGAAAAAUCAGAAUUCAAGUUACACUCAAAAAUCUAGUUUGAAGUGCUGAACAUUGCACGUUAAUUAUGCUUCCACACAUUCAUACAAAUCAAACCUUACUAGUCGUUUGCAUUAUUACAUACAUGCUUAAAGAAGCCAUUUUCACUCAAACUAUCUUCUGCAAGGCAGAACGGGUGGUCAAUGGGAGGGAAAUAUUCCAUACUUCUAUUCUUAGCAUGCACAGAAUGUAUAUUGGAAUAUUAAGCAAAUGUGCAUUCUUCCUGAUUUUUUUAUUUCAAUGGGCAUAACGUAGGGCAAAUUGUUCAGCAAGUGUGCUAACUUCCAUAUUAGGCAAAGCAAAAUUCUUAGAACCAAACUUUAUUGAGAAAUAACCCACUAAAGCCAAAAUAUGACUGAUGUUGGGAUAUGAUUUAAAGUAAAACUUCACAAUGUGAGACCAACCAUCCUUAUGGAGCUGGAGGUUGACAGCAAUUACUUGUAUUGUUAUAAUAUCUUUAGUAACCAAUGACCAUGAUCAAACAUGUCAUACAGUUGAUAAGCAUUACGUGUAUAAAUUUAGCAGAAUGAAAUAUCAAGAAGCAUUGCAAAUCUGCUCCAUUGCCUGUAAUAGGAAAGUCUUGGGGAUUAUAACUACUAAACGUCAAAUGAAAACCAUCAAUAUAUGUUUUACUCGAUUAUUUUAGAUUGCUUGGAUAGUGAACACUUCUAUUGCAUAUACCAGCAAUCAACGUACUUAAUUACAUUUGUACAUCACAGAAAUUAGGUUUAGAUCAGAUUUAAAGUUGACAUUGACAACUAUUUUCAUUAAUCACACUCUUACCAAUACAAACUUUACAACAGCAUCGACUCCACCACCUCUCCUCCUCCCUCUCCUGAAGGAAGUUAAUUUCAGAAGGAUUUUAUGAUUUACUUUGCUCACCUAAAUUACAAUAAAAUGUAAGUGCAAGCCCAAACUGCUGUCAUUUGUAAAAUAAUUUGCUGAAAAAGACUGAUCUGAUCCUCAACAGAUGUUUACUUAUACAUUUCAAGCACCGCUCAGUUAUUGGGAAUGGGAAUUAGUACAUUUUUCCCUCUUCUAACUCAAGAUUAGCAUGAUGAUCUUUGCUCCAGCUAAGAACUAAAGCACAAAGAAGCAACUCACAUAAUUUCCCUGGUCUACUUGGAUAAAGACUCAACCAA